AUGAACGGAUCAUAUCGCGCGCGGAUUUUGAGUCGCAAUGGAAGUUCGCCGCCUUGGAUGGAUCGAAAUUUCGAAAACUCGACGAGAAGCUCGCCGUGCACAAGUCCGGCUGUUGCAUCUACGUCUGACAGCUGCGAUAUUCUUAACGAAGAUCCAAGGAGUCGAUCGACGCGAAAUUCCAUGUUUUUGUUCAGCUCCGACGGCAAUUUAAACUCGGAAGCUUGCGAAGAAAUGGAGGAUAUUGAUGAGAGGUCUGUAAUGCACUACGAGCUCGGAUUUUACGACAAAACCGACGGGGAUUGUAUUCGCGGAACACUCACAUUUGCGCUAAGAUAUGAUUUUAUUCAUAGAGUUCUAAUGCUUCACGUCCUUCGAGCCAACCAUCUUCCGGUUGAGGAGAAAGGCGGCACCGUGGAUCCUUAUGUGAAAAUGUAUUUGCUUCCUGAGCGAAGGAAUCAUUGCAAAACACGAAUUUGUAAAAAGACGGUUGACCCAGAAUUUAACGAAAUGUUCUCUUUUGAUGUCUCUUUCAGCACGCUGCCAAAUCGAAUGUUACAGUUCACUGUUUACGAUUUCGAUCGAUUCACUCGUCACGGGCUCAUUGGAAACGUUAUCAUGCGCGAUUUGUUCGACAAAUCCGAUCUGUAUUCAUGGACCGAAUACACUAUGCACAUUGUCGGCAGUCAGGAGAAAAACGAUUAUGGGGAUCUUUUGCUCUACCUUUCUUACUCGAAUACUGAUCAGAAAUUGUCGAUUACUGUGGCGAAAGCGUAUAAUCUCAGACCCAUGGAUAUAACUGGUGCAUCUGAUCCAUACGUUAAAAUUGAGCAAAUUUAUCGCGGAAAGCGUGUAAAAUUACGGAAAUCUUCAACAAAACGGGCGAAUCUCAAUCCGGUCUAUCAUGAGACAUUGGAGUUUGACAUUCCAAUGUCUCAAAUUGCUGAAACCAAUAUGCUAGUACAAGUUAUGGAUUGGGAUAGAAUUGGCAAAGAUGAUCUCCUUGGGUGCUGUAUUCUCGGCCACGAAAGUCCGACGCCGGAAGGAAAAGCGCAGUGGGAAAACUGCUUAUUGGCGAUUUCUCAACCAGGACAUAAGACAAAACCGGUUGGUCAGUGGCACACCAUUCUUCCCGAAGUUCCAGACGCAUUCCGUGACAUUCCAAAAGCGAAAAAAUAA